AUGUUGCGCCGUUCUGUUACUAGUCUCCCAGGCAGGUUGAUCACACAACGUGGCAUACUCUACAGGGCUGGUAGUCUUUCUCUCCCAGGGCGCUUCUUUCACACAAGUCUUACACACAAUGUGGUGAAGCCAUAUCUUCUCGCCGACAUUGGCGAAGGAAUUACCGAGUGCCAGAUCAUCAAAUGGUUUGUCAAAGCAGGGGACAAAGUACAACAAUUUGAUCCUAUUUGCGAGGUUCAGUCGGACAAGGCCUCGGUCGAGAUCACUUCUCGGUACGAUGGAACAAUUAAGAAGAUCAAUUAUGAAGUGGAUGAUAUGGCAGCAGUUGGUGCACCUCUCAUGGAUAUAGAGGUCGACGACAACGAUGACCCUACCGCCGACGCGAAACCAUCCAGCUCCCCCAUAGAUGAGGUAAAUUCUGCAGGAUCUAUCCAACCAUUGGAUAAGUUAGCUGUCGUGGCCGAACAAAUUGCAUUCCCCUCGACUCCAGACCCAGCAACACAACAGCAAAGCCAGCCUGCAUCUUCGACACCUAAGAACUGUGGUACCAUGCUGCCUUCUGUGAGACAUCUACUCAAACAGCACAACAUCGACCUUUCCGAAGUUACAGGGACUGGAAAGGGCGGACGAGUCUUGAAAGAAGAUGUCCAGAAGCAUCUAGCAGCAAAGAGCUCGCACGACUCGACAGGUGUCCAACAGACACGUACCACGACGCUACCAGAGGAUUUCGUUGUCCCCCUGACCCCAGUUCAGAACCAGAUGUACCAGUCCAUGACACAGUCUCUGUCAAUUCCGCACUUCCUAUACACUCAAACUGUCGAUGUGACAGAUUUGACGUCACUCCGCAAGCAGUUUCUCAGCAACCCCAAGGCAUUGGCCCAGCUCACAGCCAAUGGUGCCAAGAAGCUUUCGCCUUUGCCAUUCAUUAUCAAGGCUCUGUCGCAAGCAGUUACCAAGUAUCCUACGCUGAAUUCUUCCUUGGUACACGAGACGGGCGCAAAACCUCAACUGGCCUUGAAGGGAUCUCACAAUAUCGGCAUUGCCAUGGAUACACCAAAGGGCCUGGUUGUCCCCGUCAUUAAAAACGUCCAGGGUCAUUCCAUCAUCUCUCUCGCCGCAGAAGUUGAACGUCUAAGUGCUCUAGCGAAAGAGGGUAGGUUAAGCCCGGAGAGCAUGAAGGGUGCAACCAUGCUGGUAAGCAAUAUCGGUAGUAUCGGGGGACAAGUGGUGGCACCAAUUAUCAUGUCCCCUAUGGUUAUGAUUCUGGCCGUCGGUCGUUCACAAAAGGUGCCUGCAUUUGAGACAGGCGAGGAUGGAGCAAGGCAACUGGUCGAGAAAGAACAGGCUGUGUUUAGUUGGAGUGCAGAUCACAGAGUCCUCGACGGUGCGACUGUGGCAAGGUGCGCCGAGGAGAUGGCGUUUUGGCUGGAGAAUGUGAAUAUGCUGGGGUUAUUUUCAAGUUAG